AUGAUUCCAGGUUCGGACAUCCUCGUUGGUCCCGAGACCAAGAAUAAUGGCACCCUUGCGAAGCGAGCAACUUGCAGUUACACACAAGCAGUCCAAGGGGAUGGUUGCUGGGCUGUUGCUGACCGCUGCAAGAUCACCGAGGCGAAGCUCGUUGAAUACAACGGCGACUCAAAGCUCUGCAGUGACGCGAAGAUCCAAGCGGGCAAGUAUUACUGCUGCUCCUCGGGCACGCUUCCCGACUUCUCUCCUCAGCCCAAUUCAGAUGGCACUUGCAAGACACACACUAUUGCCUCGACCGAUCUCUGCGACACCAUAGCCAGGAAAUAUUCCAUGACAGUCCAGCAGUUGCAGGACCGCAACAAGAAGACUUGGGGCUGGCAGGGCUGUCAAUUUCUCAUGAAAGGCCAACGCAUUUGCAUAUCUACGGGAGCGCCGCCCAUGCCGGCUGAGGAUCCUCUUGCGACAUGUGGUCCCACAGUCCCCGGAACAAAGAGACCAAGCGACAUGAGCAAGAUAAACGAAUUGAACCCAUGCCCUCUAAAGGCAUGCUGCAAUGUCUGGGGUAACUGCGGUAUUUCCAAAGACUUCUGCAUUCUGAAUCCGGCCGAUACUGGGGCACCAGGAACGACGAAGCCCGGCGCGAACAGUUGUAUUGCUAACUGCGGCUUGAACAUUACCAAUAACGCCUCCCCACCCUCCAAAUUCAUGCGUGUGGGAUAUUUCGAAGCUUGGAAUCUCGACAGACCAUGCCUGCACAUGCUUCCCCGCCAGAUUGAUCUCAAAUUCUAUACACAUCUUCAUUUUGCAUUUGCCGGCAUCUCUUCCAGCUUCGGUGUUGAUCUGGGAAAGCUGAAGCCCAUGUUUGAUGACUUCAAGAAGCUCACGGGCGUCAAGAAAAUCGUGUCCUUCGGCGGCUGGUCGUUCUCGACUGCUUGGGACACUGCCCCUAUAUUCAGGUCGGGUGUUACCGCAGCACAGCGACAAACCUUUGCCACCAAUGUUGCGAAAUUCGCCGUUGACAAUAAUCUCGAUGGUCUAGACUUUGAUUGGGAGUACCCAGGUGCUCCGGACAUUCCUGGCAUUCCCCCGGGCAGCCCAAGUGACGGGCCUAACUACCUCGAAUUCCUGAAACUAGUCCGGAACGCUCUACCUACCGGUAAGACGAUCGGUAUCGCCGCUCCGGCUUCCUUCUGGUACCUGAAAGGUUUCCCCAUCGCAGAAAUGGCAAAGGUCGUCGACUACAUCAUCUACAUGACAUAUGACCUCCACGGCCAAUGGGACUACGGAAACAAGUGGGCCACGGAUGGCUGCGUGGCCGGAAACUGCCUUCGUCACCAUUCGAACAAGACUGAGAGCGAGUUGGCCCUCGUUAUGAUAACGAAAGCUGGCGUCCCGGCAAACAAAAUUAUCUUCGGCAUGCCUCUGUAUGGCCGCUCAUUCAAAAUGACCACUGCCGGUUGCACCGGGCCACAGUGCACCUUUGUGGGCAAAGACUCGGCCGCUGCCCCUGGUCGCUGCACUGGCACCCGUGGUUACAUAUCCAAUUUCGAGAUAAGGGAGCUUAUUGCUACCAAGAGCAACGUAAAACAGCUGAAAACCGCAGAGGGCGAUGACAUCCUUGUUUAUGACAACACAGAAUGGGUUGGAUGGAUGCCCAAGCAGAAGUACGACGAGCGCUCGAACUGGGUCAAAAGUCUGAACUUCGGCGGCACGACGGACUGGGCCAUCGACUUGGACGCUGAUUACGAUGUUGGUAGC